UCGCUUCCGUCCUCUUCAAUGUCUGCCUGAGCAAAAUGAGCGACGGUACAGCCACUAUUAGGACGCGAAAGUUCCUUACAAACCGCCUGCUUCAACGGAAGCAAAUGGUGGUGGAUGUUCUUCACCCUGGAAGACCAAAUGUUUCAAAAGCCGAAAUCCGUGAGAAGCUGGCCAAGGUGUAUAAAACUACAGCGGAUGUAAUUUUCUGCUUUGGUUUUAAAACAGCUUUUGGUGGUGGUAGAAGUACAGGCUUUGCUCUGAUAUACGAUUCCAUGGAUUUCGCUAAAAAAUUUGAACCAAAGUAUCGUUUGACCAGACAUGGUCUUUAUGAAAAGCCAAAGACAUCACGAAAACAAAGAAAGGAAAAGAAGAACCGAAUGAAGAAGGUCCGUGGAACUAAGAAGGCUAAAGUUGGGGCAGCAGGAAAGAAGUGAUUACCAGCUAUCAUUCAAUUUCCAGUCCUCAAUCUUUGUAUCAAUAAAAUAUAAAGUGAUUGAGA